UAGGGAAUAGUAACUGUUUACUUUCGAAAUCGGUUAGUCGCAAUCUCACAGUAGGAAACGAUGAAACUUCUUGUUUUAACCACCUCUCUGGUCAUUUGCCUAACGGCAAUUGUCGUCAAUGUCAACUCAAAACCUAUUGAUGUGAAUAGUGCUGCUGCUAACGAAGAAGAAUGGAUGUCCCCAAGAGAUUUGCUAGAAUCUGGUUUGUCACCCAACGCAAAACAAAUUGCUGUGGAGGAUACUACUGAAGGCUCUGGCGCAACAGCAGAAGUUUCAGCAAGCACCGAAGGUAACGCUCUGCCCGAAACUACCGAAACUACUGUUGGAACAGAAACUCCUGCAACCACCGUAGGUCCCGAAACCACAGAGGGAUCAGCUAGUCAUGAACCUCCCGCAAGCACUGCAGAUGACCCUGUAACUACAGUAGCUCCCGAAACAACAACAACAGCAGUAAGUACAGAAGCACCCGAAAGCACAGAAGGUUCCGAAAGCACAGAAGCUCCAGAAACCACAGAAUCUGUUGAAACAACAAAGGGGCCAGCUAGUACAGAAGCUCCUGAAACAACAGAGAGAUCAGAUAGUUCAGAGGCUCCUGAAACCACGGAGGGACCAGCUAGUACUGUGGCUCCAGAAAACACAGACGGCCCCGUUACUACAGAAUCUCCUGUAUCAACAGAGGGACCAGAUAGUACCGAAACAACUCAAGGUCCUGCAAGCACAGAAACCACAGGAGAUCCCGUAAGCACAGCAGCUCCUGAAACAACAGAAGAACCAGCUAGUACAGAUGCUCCCGAAACAACAGAAAGUUCAGUUAGUACGGAAGCUCCAGAAACCACAGAAGGCCCCGUUAAUUCACAAACUCCCGAAACAACAGAUGGACCAUCAAGUACUGAAGCUCCAAAAACCACAACCGUUGCUACAGAAACUCCUGAAACUUCAGAAGGACCUGUGACUACAGAAGCCCCAGAGACCACAGAAGGCCCCGUUAGUACAGAGACUACUGAAGGUCCGGUAAGCACAGAAGCACCCGAAACCACAGAAGGCCCAGUUAGUACAGAAGCUCCCGAAACAACAGAGGGACCAUCUAGUACUUCAGCUCCCGAAACCACAACCGAUGUUACAGAAACUCCCGAUGCUACAGACGGACCCGUUAGUACAGAAACCACAGAAGGCCCAGUUAAUACAGAAGCACCCGAAACAACACAGGGACCAGGAAGUACUGAAGCUCCCGAAACCACAACCGUUGUUACAAAAAUUCCCGAAACUACAGAAGGCUCUGUGACUACAGAAGCCCCAGAGACCACAGAAGGCCCCGUUACUACAGAAGCUCCCGAAACAACUGAGGGACCAUCUAGUACUUCAGCUCCCGAAACUACAACCGUUGUUACAGAAGUUCCCGAAACUACAGAUGGCCCUGUGACUACAGAAGCCUCAGAUACCACAGAAGGCCCCGUUAGUACAGAAGCUCCCGAAACAACUGAGGGACCAUCUAGUACUUCAGCUCCCGAAACUACAACCGUUGUUACAGAAGUUCCCGAAACUACAGAUGGCCCUGUGACUACAGAUGCCUCAGAUACCACAGAAGGCCCCGUUAGUACAGAGACUACUGAAGGUCCUGUAAGCACAGAAGCACCCGAGACCACAGAAGCCCCCGUUAGUACAGAAGCUCCCGAAACAACAGAGGGACCAUCUAGUACUUCAGCUACCGAAACUACAACUGUUGUUACAGACACUCCCGAAACUACAACUGUUGUUACAAACACUCCUGAAACUACAGAGGGUCCAGUUAGUACAGAGACUACUGAAGAUCCUGUAAGCACAGAAGCCCCCGAAACCACAGAAGGUCCAGUUAGUACGGAAGCUCCCGAAACAACAAAGGAGCCAGCAAGUACUGAAGAUCCCGAAACUACAACCGUUGAGACAGAAACUCCCGAAACAACAGAGGGCACUGUUAGUACAGAGACUACUGAAGAUCCUGUAAGCACAGAAGCCCCCGAAACCACAGAAGGUCCAGUUAGUACGGAAGCUCCCGAAACAACAGAGGAGCCAGCAAGUACUGAAGAUCCCGAAACCACAACCGUUGAGACAGAAACUCCUGAAACAACAGAGGGCACAGUUAGUACAGAAACUCCUGAAACCACAGAAGGGCCCGUUGGAACAGAAGCUCCUGAAACAACAGAGGGACCAUCUAGUACUACUGCUCCCGAAGUCACAACUGUUGUUACAGAGACUCCCGAAACAACAGAAGGUCUCGUUAGUACAGAAGCUCCCGAAGCAACAGAUGGACCAGCAAGUACUGAAGCUCCCGAAACCACAACCGUUGUUACAGAAACUCCCGAAACAACAGAGGGCCCAGUUAGCACAGACGCUACCGAAACAACAGAGCGACCAGCUAGUACAGAAGCUCCAGAAACGACAAAGGGACCAGCUAGUACAGAAACAACAGAAAGCACUGUAAGCACAGAAGCUCCUCCAGAAACCACUGAAACUCCCGUCAGCACAGCAGCUCCUGAAACAACAGAAGAACCAGCUAGUACAGAAACCACCAAUACCACAGAAGGCCCAGUUAGCGAAAGCACAAAAGUUCCCGAAACCACAGAAGGUCCCGUUAGUACCGAAGCUCCUGAAACUACAACCGCUUUAACAGAGAAUCCCGAAACAACAGACGAUACAGUGAGUACUGUACCUCCAGAAACUACAACAGUUGUUACAGAAACUCCCGAAACUACAGAGGCCCCCGUUAGUAGUACUGAAGCUCCUCAAACAACAGAGAAACCAUCAAGUACAGAUGCUCCCGAAACGACAACCGUUGCUACAGUAACAUCCGCAACUACAGAAAGACCUGUUACUACAGAAGAACCCGAAACCACUACCGUUGCUACCGAAACUUCCAAAACGACAGAGCGACCAGCUAGUACAGGAGGUCCCGAAACUACAAAGGCUCCCGAAACAACAGAGGGCCCUGCUAGUACAGAAACUCCAGAAACCACGGAAGGCCCUGUUAGUACGGAGACUACAGAAGGUCCUGUAAGCACGGAAGCUCCUGAAACCACUGAAGGCCUCGUUAGUACAGAAGCUCCCGAAACAACAGAUGGAGCAGCAAGUACUGAAGCUCACGAAACGACAACCGUUGCUACAGUAACUUCCGAAACUACAGAGGCCCCCGUUAGUAGUACUGAAGCUCCUCAAACAACAGAGAAACCAUCAAGUCCCGAAACGACAACCGUUGCUACAGUAACUUCCGAAACUACAGAAAGACCUGUUACUACAGAAGAACCCGAAACCACUACCGUUGCUACCGAAACUUCCGAAACGACAGAGCGACCAACUAGUACUGGAGCUCCCGAAACUACAAAGGCUCCCGAAAGUACAGAAGCUCUCGAAACCACAACCGUUGUUACACAAACAUCAGACACUACCAAGGGUUCAAUAGAAAAUCACUAAACCAGAUAAUCAAGAAUAUACCGAAGGUCUAGAAAUUAAUAUACGACAAUUCGAAACAUUGUACAUGCAUGUAAAUAAAUAGAAAUAAACUAAAGCUUUUAAGCAAAUUUUGUAUAAAAACCUGCUCUAAAAACUAAGUUCAGUAAAAAAGCCAGAAACUGCUUUUACUAUUGUUAAUUAAAUAUUUCAUUAAGAGCAACCCAA